AUGCCCGAGAGCAACCUCUCUCGCUUCCAUCUGUGGCUAGAGCGGCAGAGGCGUGAUCCCUUUGUAAAGAACGCUCGCAUCAAAUCCUAUCGUUGCCGGAGCGCCUUCAAACUGCUUCAAAUAAACAAUUCUAUGCUCGAAGGCGGUCUCAUCCGGCCCGGGGAUACGGUGGUCGAUUGCGGUGCUUCACCGGGCUCCUGGACCCAAGUGGCCGUCGAUCUGAGCUCACCCGGGGGCACCGUUUUGAGCCUCGACAUUCAGGACUUCGAGCCAAUUGAAGGCGCCAUCUGUCUACCGAAAACGGACAUCCGUCAGACUGCAGAGGUCACGAGGAUAAUAAAAGAAAAGUUGGGGUGCGCUAGGGGUGUGGAUGUGGUGCUCAGCGAUAUUGCCCCAACGGCCACUGGCAUUCCCGACCUUGACCACCCAAAUCUCAUAAACCUCGCCCAACGCCUGGCUUUGCACAUUUCGCGACCGGGUGCGAGCCUUCUGAUUAAGCUGUGGAGCUGUCCCGAAGUCGACGAUUUCAAGCGUCUCCUCGAGCGCAUCUAUUUGGGUCCAUCAACCAAUUCCAGGGGUUCGGGCACGUGGGACAAGUCUCCCGCCGUUCGGAUCCUCAAACCGAAAGCCAGUCGACAGGAGUCCGCUGAGAUUUAUGUUUGUGCUAGGGGAUUCUGUUUUGCUCCAAAUAAAUAA